GCAGUUCAGUGACGGACUGAUCACCAUGGCGUCGGUCGGGAGUGGGCUUGAACAUCAACGUGGGGUUCAUGAAGGGCCGCAGAAGAAAAGAAGGGGUCCGGGACCCCUCGCCACUGCUUACAUGGUCAUCUACAACGUGGUAAUGACGGCCGGAUGGUUGGUCAUCGCAGUUGGUCUGAUCCGAGCUGGCUUGGCGAGGGGUACAUACCAUGGCCUUUAUUACUCCAUUGAGAAGCCAUUGAAGUUCUUCCAGACGGGAGCAUUGUUGGAGAUCCUUCAUUGUGCUGUAGGAAUCGUUCCAUCCUCUGUUGUCCUGACUGGGUUCCAGGUGAUGUCGCGGGUGUUUUUAACAUGGGCAGUAACACACAGUGUCAAACAGGUACAGAGUGAGGACAGUGUGCUCUUAUUUGUCACUGCAUGGACACUCACUGAGAUUGUACGCUAUUCCUUUUACACCUUCAGCCUCCUGAACCAUCUCCCCUAUGUGAUCAAAUGGGCCAGGUACACGCUGUUUAUUGUUCUGUAUCCAAUGGGAGUCACUGGAGAGCUACUUACAAUAUAUGCAGCCCUGCCUCAUGUUCGAAGGACUGGCUUGUAUUCUGUGACCCUCCCAAACAAGUUUAAUAUCUCCUUUGACUAUUACACAGUCCUGAUCCUGGUCAUGAUUUCCUACAUUCCAGUCUUUCCACAGCUUUAUUUCCACAUGCUCCGCCAGAGGAGGAAGGUCCUAACCACCACAGAUGACAGCAAGAAGAAAGAGUAGCUGCAACCCCCUCCUUACUUGAAAGGGGUGGGGGGUUUUGGGGGCAAUGGGAACCUUGACUGGACUCUACUUCCUCUGGAUCAUUGUUACCUCCUGAAGAACUCCAGCAAUGUAACUUGUAUUUUGAUUGGAUGUCUUUGUGACUAAGUGUUCAGUUCUCAAAGGGUCAAGGGUAUUGUUGAUCAUCUGAAAAUGGACCUCCAAACCUGAAUUUAGUUUGAGCUAGUAAUGCAUUCAGUGAAAGGGAGACGUAACAUAAAUGGGGAAAAUUCAAACUUUGUAAACUCAACAGGACCUGAGGAAUGAUAUCCAAAUGAAUCUCAAGUCGCACAUUGCAUCUUCAGUUGCAUUACUUCCACUUCUGUUCCCCUGGAUGGAAAAGUCCUUUGACUCCCAGGGUCUGAAACAGAAGGGAACUUGCCUCCAAAUGUUUCACUAAGUGGAGAUCCAGCAGCAGCUGGUGAGACCUGCUAAAUGUCUUGAGUUUUCUAGGAUAAGAUGCUUCUCUUUAUGUUAAGGACUGGCCUUAAGGUUGGUCAGAGUAUUAAGGCUUCAACACCCUCGGGGAAAAGAUGCCAAGAGGAAUGUGUUAUUGUAGCCCUAUUUAUGAUUUUUGUUUUGGGUUGCUGUGGUCGAGUGACCCCAGCUUGAGGCUAGUGUAGGGUUGCCAGCUGUAUUGGAGUCACUCCUACAGGUCCCUUUGAGUUGCUGUCAAUUCUCCCACUGCCACCCCACCCCUUCCAGAAUUGGUUGCCUGAUAUGCCCAUGCUUGUGACGCACUGCCGCCUUGCACCAAUCAGAAAGCAAAUAGUCCCUUCCUUCCCUGGUUGGAUGAUUCUUGACUGUUAGUCAUUAUUGGCCUUUUAAACCCCUUGACAUCUGACUUUUAUAACAAAACCUUGAAACAAAUGAGAGAGAAACAGUUAUCCUCAUGAGCAUUUUAUAGUUUUGGUCUCAGGUUUUUCUUGCCUGGAAAUGACCCUUUGAUUUCUGGAGUCUCCAGCCUGCCCCUGGAGCAGUGACACCUCUAGACUGGUGCUGCUGGUAUUGCUGACCAUGUUGUUCAUUGAACCUUCACAGGAACCAGAAGUGGGAGCUAUGCCAUCUGAACGGUUUUGUUAUCCACUUCACCUGUUCGUUCCUACCUUCUCCACCAAACUUGUUACACCGAACUGUAAUUUGAAAAUAAGACUUGUUUACUGCUUUGUUUCGGUGUUAAAGGUGAAGGUCACUUCUAACUGAAGAAUUUAUGGUGGAAUGCCACUCGUUUAGAAUGACUGAACUGACAUUAAGAUUGCAGCUUUCCAGCAAGGUGGCCAUUCCAAACUCCAGUAAUCAGUUUGUAAUAAAACUGGGCAGAUUGAUAAUUCUUGGUUUUUCUUUUGGACAGGGCCAUAACUGGAUCAAGUAAAUUUUUAAAAAAAAUUUUAGAAGAUUUAGGUGCAAGUCCAGCUCAGCCCGUGCAUCUAUAGAUCUUAACACAUUCUUUUGUAUAUUUGGAUUGUUCUUUAUAAUUAAGGAUUCAAAGACUUGGCAUUCUCAAGUUUGCACUUUUUUUUGCAUGAGAGCAUUUGUAACAACUUUCCUAGUCAGUGUGUAGAUAGGAGAAAGUAAAAGUCUAUUGUAACACUACUGCUUGUUUGCAAAUUUGUCAAUCAUCUCAGAAAAAGAGCAUGUUUGGUUUCUAUUCAUUUGCAUUUUGUGUUAUAGCUGCACAAUUCCUGUUAACUUUUGGAAUUGAUGUCGAAAAGGUGUCAGGCUUUCUGUCGAGGCCUGGGCCUGGAGAUCUUUUCUAUAACCUAUUUAUAUCGUCUCAAUUGUGUAUUCUGAGAACUGAAGAAAUGCUCUUGUUUGCAUGGUUAUCCUUGGCACAGAUUGACUAGAAGAUGCUCCUACUUCUGUUAUAAUAAACUCUUGUGUGACAGCA